AAAAAGAAGUUUGUGUUCUCUGAUGAGGGGAAUGCGCUGAACCAGAACUGAUAUUUAGCAAUGGUUUCCUAAUAAUUGCGCAAGCAUUGUUCUGCUUUCUUUUUCUGUACAUUGUAUAUUUUUCAUUGAGAAACUAAAGGAUGAUUCUAUGUCUGUUAUAAUGCUAUGAAGUUUUGUUCUUAUUAUUCAGUUGGGCAUCAUGUUUUUAGUUGGUCUUACGGGUGGUAUAGCCACAGGAAAAAGUAAUGUGGCAUCUGUCAUUCGCAGUAUGGGUAUAGAGGUCAUAGAUGCAGAUUUAAUAGCUCGUGAAGUGGUGGAACCUGGGAGAAAAGCCUGGAAAAGAAUAAGAAAAGAAUUUGGUGAUGCAGUAUUUCAUAGUGAUGGUUCACUAAAUCGUCCAGCCCUAGGUCAAAUUGUAUUCUCUAAACUUGAAAAAAGAAAACUUUUGAAUUCUAUUACACAUCCUGAAAUAUAUAAAUCCAUAUUUUUUAGAUGUGUAAAAUAUUUUUUUAUGGGUCAUCAGUUUGUUGUUAUUGAUGUACCUCUUCUAUAUGAAAGUGGUAAAAUGGUCAGAUAUAUCGAAAAAACUAUUGUCGUUGCUUGUGAACCUCAAAUACAACUUGAACGUUUGAUGGCCAGAGAUAAUUUGUCUGAAAAUGAUGCUGUAGCAAGAAUAAAUGCACAGAUGCCAUUAAAAGACAAAAUCAAAUUAGCUGACUUUAUAAUAACAAGUAAUGGUAGCAAAGAUGAAACCAAAGUUCAAGUUGAAUCUGUUGUGGAGCAGUUGCGAGAAUUAAAAAUUCAUUGGAAGUACCGUAUUAUUGCUUUUGGAUGUUUCUUAAUCCCUGCUUCUUUAAUAGGGGUGGGAGCUUAUAAAUUUUUUAUGUAUUUGUUAUGAUUAUUAAAAUUAUUAUAAAAUGUGCUAUUAUUAUGAUAAAAUUAAUUAAAUAUAUAUUCAGACAUGUAUUUAUUGUGGAAAUUGCUGUUUUAUGGGGAAAAAAAAUAUUGCAGUAACUUUAUUUAAAAAGGAAAAUAAAUUCCUUUAGUAAUGUAAUUUCUGUAUAUAUAUUAUCAGUUUAAAUAAUUUAAUAAUCUUGUAUAUAUGCUAUCCUUGAGAUAGUUCCUAUUUAGUAUUUUUUUAAAUAAACUAUUUGCCUAUUGUACAA